UUGAUGUGGUGAUGAAUUGCACAGGUGUUAGUGCUAGAACUUUUGGUGGUGUUAUGGAUAACACAGUUUCUCUCUCACAUCAUGAUUCUUUUAUAUUUGUCGUUCCCAGAGAAAGUGGGGAGGUUAUUCUUGGAGGAACUAUGGAAAUGAAUGAUUAUUCUGAAAACCCAGAUCCGGAGACUGCUAAAAAUAUCAUUCAACGAUGUGUUAUAUUGUGCCCAGAACUCACAUUAGAUAAAAAUUUACAAAUUAUAAGACAUAAUGUCGGACGAAGACCUUAUAGAACAAAACAAAAUACAAAAGGAGAAGUCACAUACAAAGAAGUUUUAAAUUAUAUGAAAAAACAAGGGUCAAAAUUUCAAUUUACCAAAUUUGAUGAGGCGAAG